UCUAGAUAUAGCCAACUUUGAUGGCAUUCAUUGGCCAGUGCACUCCUGUUGGUCGAUGCGGUAACUUCGGGUUUUUAGUGAAACUAUAUUGUUAUUGAAUUGGAAAAAAAACGACGUAAAGAAAAUAAAGAAUUGAGGCGCUAAGAGGACAGAGGAGCAUAAACUAAUUUCUCCAAAAAUGCUAGACAAAAUACCCAUUGCCCCCAAACUGCUGACCAAAGCCAAAGAGAGACCAAAAUUUCAAUUUGAAAAUGAUCCAGGAUUUGUGAAAAUCGAUCAUGCCAAUGAAAACGAAGUCGAUCGCAUUGCUCAGUGCAUGGCGGGUCGAUCGAUAUUUAUAACUGGUGGAACGGGAUUUUUGGGAAAAGUUCUGGUCGAAAAGUUGUUGAGAUCCUGUGGUGAUUUGAAAAAAAUCUAUUUGCUGGUGAGACCGAAAAAGGGCAAAUCUCCCGAAGAACGCAUCAGAGAGAUAUUGUCAAAUGUGCUUUUCGAUAAAGUAAAGCAACAACAUCAACUAGACUGGAUCUUUACUAAAAUCCAACUGGUUGCUGGAGAUAUUUUGGAACCUGAAUUGGGUAUAUCGCCACAAGAUCUUGAAAUCCUUCGGAAUGAAGUAUCACUUGUGGUGCAUUGUGCCGCAACAGUGAGAUUUGAUGAACCCCUACGUCGAGCCGUUUUCAUAAAUGUGCGCGGCACCAAAUACUGCCUGGAUUUGGCCAGCAGUUUUAAAAAACUGGACCUCUUCUGGUACAUCUCCACAACAUAUUGUCAUGUCCACAUUAAACAUCUAUUCGAGAAACCCUAUGAUCCGCCAGCCGAUCCGCAUAGCAUCAUCAGCAUGUGUGAAAUGUUGAGCGACAAAGAUAUGGCGGCCGUUGAGAAAAAAAUUAUGGGUGACAUUCCCAAUUCGUAUUCGUAUACCAAAUCAUUGGCAGAGGCUUUGGUCGUGGAGAGAUUUAAUAAAAUGCCUACGGGGAUUUUACGUCCUUCAAUUGUGGUACCCGUUUGGCAGGAACCGUUGCGAGGAUGGACAGAUAAUAUAAAUGGUCCCACCGGUCUUCUGAUUGGUGCUGGCAAGGGUGUCAUCCGCACAAUGUAUUGUCGAGAAAGUGGCAAUGGUGAUUUCCUGCCCGUCGACUUGGCAGUGAAUGGCAUUCUGGUAGCCACUUGGAGAUAUUUGGCAAAGGAAUUAGAACCUCUCGAUCCGCCCGUAAUUCACAUGUGUAGUGCGAAUGAAAUAAAAAUCUCGUGGAAGGAGAUUGUUGACAUGGGUCGUUGGGUUGUUGAGAACCGGAUACCAUUGAACGGUGCCGCCUGGUAUCCUGGCGGUUCAAUGAAAUCGAAUAUAUAUCUUCAUUGGAUAGCCAUGAUUCUGUUCCAUUGGCUGCCGGCCUUAUUUGUGGACUUUAUUUUGGUGCUAAUUCGUUAUCCCCCGGUUUUGAUACGAGUCCAAAAAAGAAUAACCAAAGGUCUGGAUGUAAUCGGUUAUUAUGCCAAUGGCUCAUGGAAGUUCGACAACUCAAAAGUUGUUGCAAUUCGAAAGCUCAUGAAUAACAGGGAACGACUGACGUAUUGCAUCGAGAAAAUCGAAUUUGAUCUGAUCGACUAUUUCACCGAUUGUCUGAUGUGUGCUCGCCGUCUUAUCCUGAAAAUGCCCGAUGAAACAAUUCCCGCGGCCAGGAGACACAUGAAAAUCCUUUGGUGUGUGGAUAAACUCUUCAAAUUCAUAUGUCUGUUCACAUUUGGCUAUUACCUAUAUCAGUGUUUAUUUGUCGGUUUAUUCUCCCAUUCUUCGGGGGACAACUUGUAUAACUCCACAAAUCUUACUUCGGCCACCUGAAAUGAGACGUAGAGACUUUUUGAGGAGAUUGUCACCCAAAAAUUGGAUCGUGGAUUUAGAUAAGAUGUAUAAUUAAGCAUUGUAUGUGUAAUGGGGAAAAACAUAUGAGUAUUAUAUACGCAUAUCAUAUAAGUAUAGUAUCGAAAAUAAUAAAAAUCUUUUUUUUAUACUUAAAAAAAUUA